CCCAUAUAAAUUACCUUUUUAUUAAAUCAAAUCCUUUAAUUGAUCAGACAGCUCAGAGGUUGACUUGGUAAAGAGUGACCUUAGGGAUUUUAUGGGCCCAUACGGCGUCAAUGAAGUCAUGUUACGACCCGAUUAUUUGACUCCUUCCCCACAAAGUAAUCAUCGUUACAAAAAAGACGCUUUGGUAACAAGGUAGAAUAAAAAUAUUCUCACACUAUUACGUAAAUAUCAACUCUUUUUAUUUUUUUAUAAUUAGGCUCUCUCCAUUAUUAAGUGUUAAUAACACCAGAAGCUCUCCUGAGUAUAUCGCUCCAAGCCCAGUUGAUGAGCUCAAAGAGGCAUGUCCUCCGUAUCGAGGCUCUUUAUUACUUGAAUUGGCUUCCAAACCAGCUAAAUCCGAUAAAAAGGAUAACAUCUCCACAAACGAAAUGCAGCGUCACAUUGAUGUACCUUCCGCACGUCGUAGCGUACAAAUUUCUUCUCUUCCAGAGACCAUCACUGCUCAAAAACGCUCAUCAGAGGCCAAAACUAUCGUAAGCAGAUAUUCACAGAGGCUUCCAUCUACCCUCAGAAGAGCAUCUGUAGAAGAAUCUAGCAGCGUCACACCGCCACUUGAUUCUCUCCUUAGUCGUUACAGCACCAAAACUCAAGAUUCCGCAGCAGAAACUCACCAUAUUCAACGCAAAGAUGUUACUGCAUCAUCCCGAUAUUCACAACGACGUCUUUCUGCUGAAAACACUUCUAAAAAUCAAAUCCAGAACACUGUUGCAGAAUCAAGUACUGCUGCUUCUCGAUAUACUCAAAGACGAUCUUCUAAUGAGGAUAACAGUAAGACCAUCACCAGUCGAUAUUCACAACGACGUCUCUCCACGGAUCAUACUGAUACCAAACCAAAGGUUGAAACAAAGCGUUACGAGCCUCGUCAAUCUACAACCACAGCAACACACCCAAAGCCACGAGAUCUCUCUACUGUAACAAGUCGAUAUUCUCAACGACGUCUCUCAAUUGAAAAGGCAAUCGAUAUCAAGCCUAAAUUAGAACAAAAGCGUCCUGAUUUACGUUAUCCGACCACCACAGAAACACGUAAGCCAAAAUUACCAACUCGAGAUAUCUCCACCAUCAGUAGUCGCUACUGUCAACGACGUCUUUCAACUGAGAAUACUGAUACCAAAAAUGCAGAAAUCACAAGAUCCCGAGCUACAUCCAUUCGAUUAGAGCCAGCUAGGACCAAUACCUACCAAAGCCAAUCAAAUCGCAACUCAUUUGUACCAAAUGAAGCUACUAAGGAUGCAGAACCUAUUGAAACUCGUCGCUAUUCAACCCGUGGUAGACUUACAACAACAGCAACAUCUACCAAUACUAGGGAUGCUGAAAAAUAUGUACCCAAUGAUACUAAGCAUCACCAAGCUGGGAUAACUGUUACUCGAAAAUUAUCUCUUCGUGAUCGUACGCUUACAUCCAACCGUAUGAAUGAUUUAACCAAGCAUCCUUCAGAAGCCACGCCCAGGGAUACCGGACAAAAUCAAGCUGGAUCUAGUCGUACUCGAAGGGUCUCUUUUAACCUUGACGAGCCUUCCCAUGAGAAUCCAUCCGAUAAGCAUCCCACAUUAAAUAUUAAUAAGAGGGAUUCCUAUCAUGGCAGCUAUGAUGAACAGGUUAAUGUGAAGGUAACACCACCACGUCGUCCCAGAUCCUUCUCUGUACCUAAUAAUGAGGAAAGACACUCUUUGUUGCCUGUCCUAUCAACCCGUGUUCGAAAGUACAGCAAUCCAAAGCCCGAAACUGUACGCGAGGAAGAAAUCAUGUCAUCGAGAUCCAAGGAAAAGCGACCUUUUGUCAAUACACAACAAUUGAUGUCUCCUUCUCAUAGCAUUGGAAGUUCUAUCUCAACAGAUUCAACCCAAUCAGGAGAUUUCGAUGCCGGACCAGCUACACCACCUCGUUACUCUUAUAUGGAACAUCAACAAGUACGUCCAGCUAGCAAGCCUAUCAGUCAAUCUGUAUCUGCUGUUCUUUUACAAGUAAAGCAAAGCAGAGCACGUACCGCUGCCAUUAUCAACGGCAUGUACAAAUAAUUUACCCUAUCGAAAAAAAAACUAAAAAAUAUGUGAGCUGGCUUCAAUUACCCUUUACCAGCAUCAAUAUUUUUGUAGUCUCAAUAAAAAGAAAAUUAAGUGUUUUGUAUUAUUAAA